AUGGCAUCAGUUGACCAAGAACUGCGAUCUAUCAAUAUACAGAGUGUACAAAUCCUGGAGAAGGAGCAAGAUCCUCGUGAUUUCAAUUGGCAGACAGGGGGGUACCUGGGCUUUGAGGUCUAUGAAGGCUCUAAGGCUUGGUAUGGGCGACUACCGCUUGAGGAGCACCGUCAAGACUGGCCGAACGAUGGCCUUCAAAAGAACCUGUCUAGGUUUGAUGAACUCAUCAAGCUCCUUCACCCAAUCCCCAAGAAUGAGAUAUACCCCGAGUUUCCUCCCAGAGGCCUCACCCGGUACAGACCGCAACAAGAAGGCGAUAAUGCGACUCGAUUCUUCAAGGCGCCUAAGCUGGGCUACCACCGAGCUGGUAGAGACAAUCUAGCUAUGAGGCUGCUGAACGAAGCUGAGAUACACGAGAAGAUCUUGCAUCAUCCCCAUCGCAACCUGGGUAGCUAUCUUGGCUGUGUUGAGGAAGAGGGCCGCCUUGUGCGCCUGGUUUUCGGGAAAUAUAGCAAGUCCUUGGAGGACUGCCUCCAGUUCGGGCUGCCGUGGGAGUUCACUUUACAGCAGUGCGAGGAUUUCAUGGACGGGAUCGAAGAGGCAGUAGCGCAUAUGCAUUCGCUAGGGCUCGCGCAUAACGAUAUCAGCCCGUCCAACAUUAUGUUUGAUGAUAUGGGGCGCGCUGUGCUAAUCGACUUUGAUGCUUGCGCGCCUCUGGAGAGCUGUCUUACUAAGGGCGGCUUAGUAGGUGGCUGGAAGGGACCGGUCGUUGGCCAGGGGCUUCAGUUCGAGGUGUCGUCGGCCGAAUGUGACAAACUGGCUAUCAAGGAGAUUAGGAAGGAUCUCGCCGAGGCUUUAGAAAAGAGGGACGGGAUGUAG